AUGGUCCUGGAUCCAAGUAUGAGCCAAUGGUCCAAGAGGCGAAGGUUAGACCAAGGCGAGGAGCAAGUCCAGAGGAACGGUCCUCAACAUCCAACAACUUGGAGUCAGUCUGACGCCCAACUCCAAAGACUACCAGCAGCGAUAGCUCAACAACAUUAUGAGUGGAACUCACAUGGUAAUGUUCAAACUUCAUGGAACGACUAUUCGGGAAAUACUAUACCAGUCCAUAAUGUGAUGAAUUACCACAUGGGUAGCUGGAACGGUUACUCUUCCUACCCACAAAAUACUAUUGGAAUCGAGCCGAGCUUUUCCUAUCCGAAUGAUAUCAUCACCCAAUGGCCUUCGUACUCGAACGUUCCUCUUCACUCCCAUGCUCUUUUACAAAUACACAUGCCAUUGCAAACACACGCAUCAAUGUUCGUACCAUCAUACCAGCAGUAUCCUCUCUAUGGUUCUCCCACAAACCAGCCUACUGCCGGCUUUCAACAAUCGUCAGAGCCCUUAGUGGAAGAUACAUUACCAAAAUCACUUCCGUAUCAUGCCGAUCUGUCCCAGAGUACAACGAUCUGCGUUGAUUCUCCUUCGGCACUGCCAGAUCAGGAAGUAGAAGUUGGUGAGAUUGUAUGCUUUGGAAUGAUCCCAUCUAUCGCUGCAAAAUGUGAUCAUGGCGGAACAGCGCAAAGUUUACUGGCGUCGUUCCCUGUCGGGCUAGAGAGUUCGACUCGCUUCUCUAGCAAAGACUUAUCCAACAUCUCCGGACAGAUACCGCUGGAGUAUAGUCAGAUGAUACAGGACAUCCUCGACGAGACAUGUCUCGAACUUCACGCCUCGUGCAUCGUUGGUGGUUUUCAUUCUGCGGACGCCCAAUCACCACGAGGUUCAACAAUCCCAAGCAAUUUGGAAAUCUCAGUUUAUGGCCCUGUGGAGAUCUUUGAAGAGUUGGGAAAGUGGUUUGACCACUACCAGGUGUAUUUACAGGAUCCUCGAGAAUGCCACCGCGACGUCAGAUACUGCAACCCCCACCGACUCUCAACUGACGAGAUUUCUGGUUGUCCGCUUCUGUCUGAUGUUAUUUCUCAAAGCUCAAAGUCCCUAGAGUUGGAGUCCGUUGCUCAACAAUCUGACCUACUGGACGAACUAUGCAGCUAUGAGAACCUUGACGAAGCUCCCCAGCCCUCGGUCAUCAAGCGGGAACUGAAACGGCAUCAAAAGCAAGCUCUGACGUUCAUGAUUCGUCGCGAACAAGGAUGGGCGUUCUCUGGCCAAGAUCCAGACAUCUGGGAGGUUAGAUACACUAAUCAAGGAAGGCACUUCCUGAACCGUGUCUCCGAUGCUUCCCAGGUUCAAGAACCGCCUCAAUGUUACGGAGGCAUUGUUGCAGACCCUAUGGGACUCGGAAAGACUUUGACAAUGAUAGCAUUGGUGGCAACGGACAUGAACAACCAAAACCUAAAUGACAAUAGUGGCGAGGAGUUUCAUCAAACUGUACCAACUACCCUGAUUGUUGUGCCACCGUCUUUGAUAGGGACUUGGGAGGAGCAGCUUUCUGCGCACGUCAUGGAGGACGGCUUGACUUGCCACCUAUAUCACCAGAAAGGUCGAAAACUAGCUUUCAACAAGCUUGAGACAACUCACAUCGUCUUGACGACAUACCAAACCGCUUCAGCUGAGUGGAACUCUUCAAACAAGGGGAAGGAAUCCGUCUUGUUCUCUGUUUGCUGGAAAAGGAUCAUCCUCGACGAAGGCAAACUAACAACUACAGCCCAUAUUAUCCGAAAUGUUAAUUCUCGAAUGUCUCAAGCCAUCUGCGCGUUGGAUUCAAGGUCUCGUUGGGCCGUCACUGGUACCCCUGUCCAAAACCGCCUUGGCGACCUUGCCAGUCUGUUCAAGUUCAUCCGAGUCCAUCCUUACACAGAUCGGAGAUGUUUCGAUGCCGAUAUUUCCCGCUUGUGGAAGAAUGGCGAAUAUCAGGAAGCCAUCAAAAGACUCAAGCGUCUCUCAAAGUGUCUUAUACUCCGGCGAGACAAGAGCACGAUCAAUCUUCCUCCCAGGCAAGAUCUGCAAUGCCCUGUCAAUUUCAGCCCUGAGGAACAAGCUUUAUACGACAAUUUGCGGGAAGAUACUAAGGUCAGUAUAAACGAAGCCAUGAACAGGGAUUCAAACUCCCUCAGACCAGGCGGUUAUGUCCAUAUCCUACAGCGAAUCGAGUCACUGCGGCUCAUCUGUAACAUUGGACUUCACUACCACACGAGACAUGAUAAGGUCAUAAAAAACAUUACAGGAGCCGACGAAUGGAUGGAAACUGCCCAGACUGCCUUCAAUAUGCAGCGAGAGAUGGUUUCCAUGACUUGUCUACGGUGUUCGUCAGUACUGGACAUUACUGAGACAGUCUCAGACAGCACAACCACUGCCUCCCAGAAUCCUCUGUUUUUCAGUUGCCUUACUUUUGUCUGUGCUGAGUGCGUACAGAGGUCUGGGCAGAAUGUCGAUUGCGGUCACAACGGGGGUUGUGCCGUGGCCCGAAUCUCGAUGAGCGGCGAAUCUCUCAACGCGAGUUUUUCUGAUAUGCAGCCGCAGACGAACAUCAGCCUGCCUUCCAAGGUAAAGGCUCUGAUCACAGAUAUCAGUAAUCUUCCAUCAUCCGAAAAAUGUGUUGUUUUUUCAACAUGGAGACGAACACUUGACAUCAUCGAAGCUGGCCUAACACAGUCCUCCAUCUUAAGUGUCCGGUUCGACGGCACGGUGCCACAAAAGAGUCGACAGAACGUUGUGGACAAGUUCAGGACUGACCCGUCUAUCCGUAUUAUGCUCUUGACAUUGUCUUGCGGUGCGGCUGGUCUGACCUUGACGGAAGCUACUAGAGCCUAUCUCAUGGAACCUCACUGGAAUCCGACUACCGAGGAGCAAGCCCUUGCGCGCAUUCAUCGUAUUGGACAGAAACAAGAGGUCACGACUGUACGGUUCUUUAUGCGCGACUCAUUCGAACAUCGUGUAAUCCAAAUGCAAGAAGAUAAAAAACAUUUGGCAGGACUGUUACUCUCGCCCGAUGAGGAUGGCUAUGAGACUGAGAACCUGGGAAGGCUACAGUCAUUAUCAUCUCUGUUAUAA